AUGGCUGCGUCUCAUGAAGUUGCUGACUGCGAGAGGCUCGACGUCACUGUCUUGCUCGUGGAUGAUGAUGCCACCUCUCUCUCCGUCAACGCUGGUUUUCUCAGAUCAUGGGAAUACAAAGUUGCAACUGCUACAAGUGGUCAUGAAGCUUUGAAGACUCUGAAGGAAUUCAGAGGCUUCUUCGACCUCGUCAUCGCCGAACUUAACAUGCGAGGAAUGAAUGGACUGGAACUCCAAAAACGUGUCAAAAGCGAAUUCCAUCUUCCAGUCAUCAUUAUGUCUGGAGAUGGGAGGAGGAGAGUGAUGUCGAGAAGCCUCGAGAACGGAGCAGCGUAUUGCUUAGUGAAACCAGUAGGAAGAGAGGACUUGAGAGAUGUGUGGCAGCAUGCUGUGGCUGGGAGGAGAGAGAAACUGACGGUUGAGAAUGACAGAAUAGUAGCCGUGAGCGAAGAAGAAGGAGACUCAUCAUCAUCAUCACCACCUGAAAAACAAAGGAAGAAGUAUUGCAAGAGAAAACGUAGUGAUGUGAUUGAUAAUGAAGAACUCAUAUACUGUGGUCAAAAGAGGUCCAAGAUUUUCUGGACUACUAAUCUUCACAAUCGCUUCUUGUUGGCCUUAAGGCACAUUGGCAUGGACAAGGCUGUUCCAACGAAGAUCCUCGAGAUCAUGAACGUGCCAGGCUUGACCAGAGAAAACGUUGCCAGUCAUUUGCAGGUUUGGUUCUUAAGUAAAAAAAUAAGUAUUCUCUUCAACAGUGCAUUUUUUGCCUUCUUCUAA